AUGAUUCAAAUAAAGAUGCCGCUUGAAAGUGGUGCUCGAGACGGGGACUCGAGUCCGCCCGGUCGCCGGAGGUGUCACUUCUUUCGGACAGAGUGUUAUGGAGGAGAGUUCGCGACGCCGAACGAGACGAUUCAUCCUUUGUUGAUGUGUCCCACGGAGCUGUACUGCCCCAAGGGCCAGACGAGGGCUGCACGAGAGAUGGGCAAGACUGGCGGAAAAACGUACCUUCGUCAGAAAGCGGCAACGCCGGAUCUGAAAGAGGUGGAACAGAAAAUGUAA